UGAACCGUUCUCCAUACUGUAUAUCUCUCUCUCUCUCUCUGUCGUCUGGUGUGUGUUUCUGUGGAUUUCCGAAGCUAGCGGAUUUUCAGUCUUGGUCACUCAACGAAUGUAUCAAUAAGUCAAAGAUUUGCAACAAACUACAAUGCAAGUUAGACUACAAUCUCAUGGUACAUUGUUGGCUUCAUCCUGGUUGGCUUGUCCUGACUUGUGCACCUUACUGAUAUCUUGAAGAGGCAUCCACAUUUUACGUAUCCUUUUUUAGUAUGAAGUGAAGUUUUGUGGCUAGAUGUCUUGUGACUAUAGUUUAGCACAUCUCUUUUCUCUUUUGUUAUAUAGAUUGUCUAUUUAUCUAUUUUGAUUGAGUAUUGAACCUCAGGUCCUCAACAUAUCGAAAACUCAAGUGACUUUGAACAUUUGAAGAUUUUAUUUACUUCUAUUAACACAGGAAUCAGGAUCUAUAUAACUUGAAAGCCCUGGCUGACUACAUUAUUGGUACCUUACUUUGUUACAUGGACUCGGGUACGGGUGUCGGUAGAGGUCGGACUCAUCAAACCAUAAAUUUAAGGACAGAUCCUUCCAAGUUCUAUAAGAUGACGGUACUGAAGAGGUACGUGCUAAGGUUGUUCAUAUCGUUGAAGUACAUCACAGCAAAUGUAGUAGACAGAAACAAUGGACGGAUCGUUGCAACAGCGUCAACAGUGGAACAUUCCCUCAAGAACACGCUCGAGUGUGGUCGGUCUUGCAAUGCCAAGGCAGCAGCGGUUGUGGGAGAAGUGUUGGCGAUGCGACUCAAGGUGGAGGGUCUCGAGCAGGGACAAGAGAGAGGAAUUCAUGUCAAUGUCAACAAAGAAAUCGAGAAGAAAGGUUUCAAGAACCGUACUAAGGUCUGGGCCAUCGUAAAUGCUCUUAAGAACAGUGGAGUCAAACUCAUUCUUGAUGAUGAUGAUCACAAUGGUACCUCACCGCCAUGUUACUGAUAAUUUUUCAUUAGAGUAAGAACCAACCUCCCCCUUGUGGUGCUUUGUUAUGGUUCAGAAGUAGAUUUUUGAAUUAUGUACUUUUAUUCAAAAAUUAAUAUUUGAACCAAAAAAAAAAAAAUGUAUGGACUAUGAUAAUAUGAUGUGUGGAAUCACCCCGCAUCGCACGCGUUUUCACCUUCUAGUACGUACGUACACAUUUGUGUGGCCUAAAUUUCAGCAAAUGAAACUUGUUGCGCAGUUGGUUUUAA